AUGCGAUUUUACCGUAUGUUUCGAUCAUCCCUCAUAUCGUGCAAAUCCAAAAACACCAUCGACGACAUUGAGGAUCCGGCUUUUAUUCCUAAGGUGACUCAAAGUCAUCAACAUUACCAGUUGAUCAAGCAUUUCUUGCCACAUCCUCUUUCAUUUCCAUUCGUGUGCAGACCCAAAUGGCCUGAAAAAUUAUCCGAGGAGCGAAAAUGCCUACUUGUUUCUACUGAAAUCGGUCGAAAGUGCCCUCCUGUAUCUCCCAUUUCACCUUUCAAUGCACAUUACGAAUUCCAAAAAAAUUAUUCAGAGAAGACGACUAGAAAGACCAUAAACAAGAAGGUUCAUUCGACUACUAAAAAGUGCGAUUUUCGCGACAAAGAAGAAUUCACUACUGAAAAAUGCUGCAUCAGUAACGGAUUUAAGGCCGGGUCUCUGUCGAGAAGAGCUCAAAGGAAGAUUCCUAAGGAGAGUUCAAUGACAAUACAAGAAGGGGUUAAAGAUAGCUUAGCAUUGGUGAAGCGUUCGAGUGAUCCAUAUACUGAUUUUAGAACAUCUAUGGUGGAAAUGAUUGUUGAAAUGCAGAUUUUUACGACAAAAGAACUUGAGAAGAAGAAGACUAGAAAGACCAUAAACAAGAAGGUUCAUUCGACUACUGAAAAGUACGACUUUCGUGACAAAGAAGAAUUCACUACCGAAAAAUGCGGCAUCAGUAAAGGAUUUAAGGCCGGGUCUCUGUCGAGAAGAGCUCAAAGGAAGAUUCCUAAGGAGAGUUCAAUGAAAAUACAAGAAGGGGUUAAAGAUAGCUUAGCAGUGGUGAAGCGUUCGAGUGAUCCAUAUACUGAUUUUAGAACAUCUAUGGUGGAAAUGAUUGUUGAAAUGCAGAUUUUUACGGCAAAAGAACUUGAGAGUUUGUUGCAGUGUUUUCUUUCUUUGAAUUCUUACCAUCAUCAUAGGGUCAUUAUUGAAGUUUUUUCCGAAAUAUGGGAAGCUCUUUUUGUGUCUUAUGUAUAA